GUCUCAUUUUUGUAUCAGUUCAAACAUUGUACCUUACCAGAAUGCACGAUGCCACUGGAAUAUUGCGAAUUUUCUCCAGCUCAAGAUAAAUGUCAUGCAUGGUUAGAGAAAAAUCUCCCCGAGGAAUUCGAACUGUUAAAAGAAGAUGGCACUGUUCCAUCGUCUGAUGCACCCACGAAGGGACGUCAAGUUCGGGGAGGUAAAGGCACAUCUCGGAAAACCGUGAAACAGAAAAUCCAGGUUUUUAAAACAUCUCGUGGAAAGAAAAAGUACACAACCAGCGUAAUUGGUUUGUCCACAUUCGGGAUCGAAUUGAAAGCUGCAUCCAAGGUGUUUGGUCAGAAAUUCGCCACAGGCAGCUCAGUGACCGGAAAUGGCGAUGAAAUAGUGAUUCAAGGUGAUGUGAAAGACGAAGUUAUUGACAUUCUAACAGAAAAAUGGCCCGAAGUGAGUUUCCUAUCGCGUUUUGGCAGCUUUUUACAGGACCUGCGUUUUUCUGGAGUGCAGUACUAG